UGCAAGAAAAGAGAAGAUAGAUAGUAGAUACAAAGUAGUAUUAUGCAUAUGCACACAGCUAAUCAUUUAAAUGAAACAAUAAAGAGAGGAUAUUAUUUUUCUCUCAUAUAUCUCUAAAUCUGUGACUGAAUUCCUCACCGGCAAACGCCGACCACCGCCGCAUCGUCUCCCAUAGUCGCCUGAACCAACCCUCCUCCACUCCCUCGCCUUUUCACUCUCAUUCAUAUUCAUAUUCAGCAGCUAAAAAUGAAUGGAAGUUUUGCUGAAGAGCUAUACUCAGAAAGCUUAAAGUUAUCGAAAAUAGAAUUGGAUUCUACUUCUAGUACCAAAAAUCAAGCUUUGGAUUUUCAAGAUUCUGACAGGGAUGCUUCAUUGCUUGAUGAUGAAUCUUUAUGGAAUGGUUCUGAUGUGGAAUUGGAUAAAUCAUCCGAUCUGGACAGGGAAUGGCAACAGCGACGUGACCAAUUUCAUACGAUGGGAUAUCGAGAUGGCGUUAUAGCUGGAAAAGAAGCUGCUGCACAAGAGGGAUUCAAUAUUGGGUUUAAACAAUCAGUCCCCGUCGGAUACAACUGGGGCGUUGUUAGAGGUGUUACAAGUGCGGUGGCGUUACUUCCAGAAGGAUUGAAGGAAAAAUUGAUUGAAACCGAAGAAAAGAGAAACCAAUUUCAGAAAUUGUAUAAAUCCGUGCAAUCCCUUUCGACCAAGGAUGCUCUUAGACUGUUUAAUGAUGCUAUUGUGGCUGAAAGAAAUAGAGAACAGGUUGGAAAUGCUGAGAUUAGUUCAACAGAUGAAAUUGAAAAUCAGCUAGAAAGUUACUAUAGAGAGCUUCAAUCACUUGUUUUGGGAUCUCCUUUAAUCAAUCUACAGUUAAAAGAGCAAGGUACCAUUCCAUGAGAUCAGAUCAGAUCUGUACUCUUUUCCUUUGUGUUCUGCAUUUGAAUUUUCGGGUUGUACUGAAAUGUCUAUUAAGUUUUUCUCAUGGAUUUAUUUUCUCAUUUCAUUAGUUUCUUUUGUAUGUAAUUUUCAUUAUAAUGAUUGUAUAGUUUAUAUAGUUCUUUAGAUAAAAUUAAUUGAACAUGAAAAGUUGUUAUGAAUGUUCCCUAACCAUAACACCAGAAAUUAUGUUGGGACAUUCAAUUUAAAUCCAAAAUAAUUAAGUCAAAAUACUAUUGCAUCA